GAACAUCUGUUGUGAAAUGCUGAACUGGGUCCAGAUGCUGGAUUGAAGUGAUGACUGGAGGUUUUCAUAGCGCUGGUUGAUCGAUGAGCAGAGGGAAGAAGAAGAGGUGAACUACAUCAAACCUUGUUCCUGGAGAAGUUUGUCAGAAAACGACUCUUCGGUUCAGAAACGACGCGUCUUUCUUCUUCUCUGGACUGUUUCUGCAGAGACUCACGGACAGAGACGUCUCCGUGAUGUCGGACUACCCGUAUGAGAGGGAACAUGACGGCUCCUGGAUCAAAGAACCUGUCUAUUUCUCAGGUGUCUCCAGGUUCAGACGUUGGCUGUUUCCUGCUCUGACAGCUGUAGUCAUCCUGGUUCUGAUCUUUGCGCUGGGAGCUAGCAACGUGAAGACGUCCAAUCAUCUGUCCUCUGUGGAGCAGAGCGUUUCCAACCUGAGCAGCGUCAUCCAAUCACUGAACGCCUCACUGCAGCACGCUCAAGAAACAGCUAAAGAAGUUCAUCGACUGCAGUUUGUCCUGGAGAACCACAAGGAGCAGCUGACCUCAGUGUCAGAGGCGCUGAAGCAGCUGUCAGUCGUGGACUCUCUCAGCAAGAGCGUCGCUUCGCUCAAAUGUUCCCUCGAACACAUCAUCAACAACAGCUCAGCGGUGGACAAGUGUUGUCCUCUGGGUUGGAAUCUGUUCGGCUCCAGCUGUUACUUCUUCAGCACGUUGUCUCUGUCCUGGAACGAGUCCAGAGACUGGUGUGAGAGACACAAAGCUCACCUGGUCAUUCUCAACACUGACGAGGAGUGGGACUUUGUGACCCGUCAUUCAGUUCCUGGUUUAUUCUGGGUGGGUCUGAGUGACCAGAGGACAGGGAAGUGGGAGUGGGUGAACCAGACUCCGUACACCAUGGAGCACAGGCGUUGGGCGCCCGGGCAACCUGACAGCUGGACGGGUCACGGCCUCGACCACGGAGACGAGGACUGCGCUCACCUGCACCGGAGUGGACGCCUCAACGACCUGCACUGCUCCACCCAGCUGAGCUACAUCUGCCAGAGACACAGCCAGCACACCUGAACACACCUGCAGCAACAUCCUGGCUCCGCCCACUCACUGCUCACCUCAGAUCAGUGCUUCAGUGGUGUGUUGAGCUGCUGUCGGAGGCUCAGACAACAAUAAUAAACAUGAAUAAACAACAAUAAUAAACAACAAUAAAACAUGACAUCACUGGGAA